AUGAGUAGCCUUCAGCAACGGGUGAUCGAGAUUCUGAUGGACAGGUACAGAUGUUGGAGACAAAAGCCUCCUCCCUCUGUGGUCUCUAAUCUCCGGAACCGUUACCUAGAUCGUGGAGAGCCUGGGAUAGGGUACCGGAAAAACCACACCUAUAGGCACACCUCCAGAGAUAUAAGAUACACCGAGGUGGCCAGCCCUUUGAUACAGGCCACGACUAUAGUGAUCAAUUUCUUGCAAGUGAUACACAGUCAGAUAUUAAAAUUGUCCUUUUUUGCAGAGGGGAGGACGUUUGGCGUGGGAAAGCGUAGGAUCAUGAUGGCUCUUCUGCCCAUCAUGUACAAGUUGGGGGUGAUCACAACCCUUCUGGUGGCACUCACAGUACUCACCCUCAAGGGUCUCACUAUCGGCGUAAUUCUGCUCAUGUUGUCCUUUGGUGGCAUCGUCUCCAAGCUGAAGGGCUCCCACCACGCCGAAGGAUACAAGAAGGACGUUCACAUCCACGUCCAUCCGAGUUAUGGUGGGAAGGACCACUACCUCCAUGGUGGCUACUCCACGUGGCACAGGGAUGGAGAUGGUUAUCCAGAAGAGUUAUCCAGGACAGAGCCAGAGUCCAGCUCGUCCACCCCACCUCCCUGGAGUUACCUACCACCCUUCAUGAGUUACUGAACUGAUAGAUGUAUAUAACCUGUACAGUAUUUAUCUUACUAAAAUACCUCAUCAUAA